AUGGUCACAAGAAAUUAUGGUGGUCUUCCAAUCAAUAAAAAUAAUGUGGUACAAGCGGUAACUGGUUUUGGACGAAGAAACUAUGCAAAAGAUGACAAAGAUUGCUGCAAAGAUGUCGCACAAACUGAAGGCAAACGAGUGGAGAGCUGGCCUAAGGACGACCCUCCGCCUCCCGCGUGGCGUUGUGAAUGUCCCCGUGAUCCUCAGCCUCCCAACUAUGACCCCUACAGGAUCAAGGUCCCGGAUAUUGUAGUCCCACCUCUACCUCCAAGCAAUGCCAAGUGGGAUGGAGUGGCCCUCACGUCGAAUCCCCAUGGAGGACAGGACCAUACCCAAGGCCCCGGCUCUUACGGCUUUGACCCACAUUCGGGCAUGCAGCAGCAAGAAGCAGCGAAACAGGAGGAAGGGAAAGAAGAGGGUUUCUUGGGUAUACUCAAAAGUUUGUUUGGUAAAGGUAGAAAGACUGAAGGGAAGGGUAGCGGCGACACCAUGAUGGACUACCAGUACUGUGACGCAGAGGAACACUGUGCUUACCCAGAAUAUCAGCAAUAUAGUGUACCUCAACCUGUUACUGACCUAAUCUACAACUCCCCUUUAAUGUGUCGUGAUCAUUGGAUGCCUCAGCCGGAGAAAAAAGAGCAUAUAAAAGAAUCGUCCAAACUUGGUUAUCAUGGUAGAAUUAAACUCAAGUAUGCUUUCCACGAACCAUGGAAGCCUUUAGAUCGAAUGUCUUUGUUGGAACAGGCUGAGAGAGAAGAGAUGGGGCAAGGUGAUGAGGACUUGACAAAGUCUACUGACAAACAGUUGUCCAAAUGA